UUUGUAUUUCCAAUCAUUCGAACCCCACAACUUCGUAAAAAUUUACCUAGACUGUAGCCGAUUUGUACACCUCGACUCCAAUCAAUUUCAUUCCAAUGUGCUUUCACGGGCCCGUUUCGCUUAUCAAGAAAGUGCUGCCCUUCAGCUCCCAAGGAUCCAGUCUUCUCAUAUUGGGACUAGACAAUGCCGGCAAAACCACUCUAACAACUCGCCUUGCGGGAAUCUUAAAUGGAGCUUCGAAGGAAUCAACCAAAGAAGCCUCCGAAUGGACUUUCAAGGUGAAUAAAUCAAAGCUCCAGUUGUGGGAUUUAAAUGGGGAACUCAAGAACCGGCAAGUUUGGCCCGAUUAUUACCAAAAAGCAAAGGUCUUGAUUUUUGUCAUAGACAGUAAGGAUGGGGUGCGCCUUGGCGAGGCUCGUUGCGUCCUGUGCGAUGUCCUUUUGCACGAGGAGCUACAGAAAGCUCCCUUGCUUAUUAUUUCCAAUAAAAAGGACACCAUUGGAUCCCUGCCCACCUCCACUGUAGUUGACUUGAUGGGCUUGGAUCGCCUGGAGGGCCGUGAAUGGGCCAUCAAGGAAUGUUCUGUGGAAACGGGUGAUGGCAUUCAGGAAGUUGCUGACUGGAUAACUGGAAAAAUAAAGAAAUAAAAAUUUGGAUUUUACAAUUUUUAAAUAUUUUUUAAAGUCUAUUUUGUACAUUAAGCUAUGCAGAAAUUUGUAGUGCAUACACAAGUAGUGCCUACUUAUACUAUUAAAUAUAAUAAAUGUAUCACAUAAAUAGCUUAAAA